AUGGACCCGUGGCAUGCAGCAGCCAUCUGGCCAGAGGUGGAGCAGGUGGCUCGCAACUAUGGCGUUCAGAAGCUUGUAAGCCCAGCAAUGUGCGGAGACAUUGGCAAAGGCACAUCUUGGAUGCAACAGUUCUUGGACGCUUGCAAAGGCUGCCGGAUCGAUGCCAUCGCCAUCCAUAGCUACUGGUGCAGCCUUGAUGGUGUGCAGAACCUCAUUGAGCAGUACCGGCGUUUUGGGAAGAAGAUUUGGCUGACGGAGUUUGCUUGCGCUGCGCCAGGAGUGGACGUGUCCAUGCAGGGCCAGAUCAAAUUCAUGAAGGAUGUCGUGCCGUGGCUGGAGCAGGAAGACAUGGUUGAGAAGUACGCUUGGUUCAGCUACUUUACCAACGAGUGGGCACAUGGCAUCACGAAUCCCAACCCUGAUGCUGGACUAGUCGACUGGAACGGCGCUUUGUCAGAGCUGGGGCGGGUCUAUGUGAGCCUGGGCCACAACCGGCGCCUGGAAGGCAACGCGAGCUUCCAAGAAGUGCAGCCUAACAUGACCCAACCGAUCUUUCCAUGA